AUGGCGACGCCAACUCCUUCCACCAACACGCCGCAACGGCACCUUCCCGCAUUCUCGUCGCCCGCCCCGCGUAGCGUACCUCACACAGGUGCGACCACUGGCAUGAUGAACUACGACUCGCCUGCGAUGCUUAACAUGCUGAAUGAGGGUGGGACCGCCCUGGGCGGCGUGCCCAUGGGAGGUGUAAACAUGGACAUCUCACUGUCGCAGCUUGGCAUGCCGAGCGCAAGUGCGAUGGGACGCGCAGAUGAGGCUGAGAGAACAAGGCGACUACACAACAUCAUAGACACUCUCAAGCAAAAGCCUGGGAGGGUCAGUGAAGAAAACGUGCUUGCGCUGUGCGCCAGGCUCGGUGUACCUAGCGAAAAGGUGGGAGAAGGCGCCUAUUUACUCCCCGUUGGCGAGUCAAACCUCCUGGAGAUUGUGUUCCAGGAUGACCAGGUCGAGAAGAUUGAACUACAGGGCGGCUUCGACAUUCAUAACGCCGACAUUCGAUUCGGCGAAACGGGCACGAAAAUCCUCACUCGAAAUCUGAAACCUCUGCCGGGCCAGAGCAAGAUGAACGUCACGCUCGAGCGAUUUGCGGAGAACUUGGAAAAGCUUGUGAUCUUGGACAAGUUGGGAUCACCGCAAAAUGGUGGAGUCAGUUGUUACAACGCUAUCGCAGGUGUAUACACGAGCUUGCGAAAAUUGUUCGAGCACGAGAAGAAAAUAGCGCUCACAAUGCUGGAGGAGGACACACCACACCGACUUCACAAGGCGGAGAGGGAGGUGUUGUGCAGAAAGAGCGGUCGGCCUAGGCCAAGUGGUGGAGAUCGCUUAGGGCUCAGUCUAGAAUACUGGAUGGAUAGGCGGCACAUAAUACCCAAAAAGCGAACAAGAGCAACAAGUUCUGAAAAAGGGAAGGAGAAGAUGGAGGUCGACUCACGUGAAGAGGAUGAGUAUUUGGAUGACGACGAGGAGCAGAGGACGAACAAGGUGUUUUCCCUUACACUGGAGUGCGAAUCGUCUCCUUCGACACUAUAUACACCAAUCCGUGUAUCAGACGACUGGAUCAGCGACGCAAUAGAGAAGCCUAUGGAUGCAAAUGAUGCGAACACUCUCAACAACAUCCUCCUGAACACACCCUCGAUAGAUUGGCAAGAGCCCAAGCCGACUUUUCUCGAGCCGCCGGCGUCGGCAGCUGAUGACGACGCAAUGAACCUGGAUGCUGCCCCAGGCCGCUUACCAAACAUACGUUUCGUCGCCAAGUUUGACCCGCCGCUUGUUGUUCCUAUCACGACUUAUAUGUCGUUAUAUCAAUCCGUCGGCGUCGAGCCACCGCAAGACUUCCUUGCUACGACCUUUAUUGGCUUAGCACUGCGACCCGGUGAGCUUGACCCUGGCAUGACAGGGACAGCUGGCGCGAUUACACACGAGAUUCGAAGCUCGCGAACAGUCUUGAUACGCGAUGAAGCGGGGCAAGAGAAGGACAGAAUCCACAACCUCAGCCUGUACGCCCCUAAGAUGGAGUACAGUAGGAAGUUGGAAAGCCUGCCUUUCGCCCACCCUAAGCAGUUGGUCGAAAUGCUCCCAAUACUCCGUCAAUAUGCCUUUACGACCUCGCUCCUGCAAGCCUCCUUUCUCGAAAUGACAGAGCAGAAGAAUACCUCACAGCUUCCAACAACACCGAUUACGCCGGACACGAACAGUCUAGAAGGAGACGGACCACUCCAGGUCGAUGUCAACCUCUCCUACACCCCGCCCGCACCCCGCCUCACUCUCCACAUCCCCCGCCCACCAUCCAAAGUCGCCUCAAGCCCCAUGACAGCACCGCUACCGGGCGCUGCCACACCGUCGUCCGUCUCCGAUCUGCUGGCAGGCCUGCUUUCCGACACCGCUUCCAGCCCCGCUGUUUCCCACACCCCACUCAGUGUCACGCUGGAUGUACAUGGCAACGCGGAGCUCAUUGUCAGCGAGCAGAACGUCACGGAGGGGAGGACGGGCGGGGAGGAGGAUCUGGAUAAGGUGCAGGAGGUAGAGGCCAAGAUCAAGAGGGUUGGGAGGGCGUUGGAGGUCUCUGGGGACUUGAGCAUUUGGGGGGAGUGGCUGAGGAGGGAGGUUGCGGGGAGUAGCAGUAGUUAG